AUGGACAGUGCACUCUCAGUUUCUUGUCAAACGGGUACACCGGGUACGUCUAUAUUGAUCUUCAUUUUCUUUUUUGAUAGUGUAGGCGAAGGAUAUAAUGAGUACUGUCAGCCCGGCGGUGAAAAUUGGCCUUCGAUUCCUUGGCAUAUGGCCAAAUGUAUCAUAUUCUACUACUUAUUGGUUGAGCUUUAUGUCGACUUUACUGCCAUCGUUGCCGCACUUUACUACUUAGGGGAAUACGCAAUACGUUUCAUAUUUCUAAUCGAAGAUUAUAAUGAUACUUCAAGACAGCUUCCUUUAAAGGUGCAAUUUCCUUUUGAAACUCAACAAUCGCCGAUGUUUGAACUUUUUGCUGGGACAGUAUUUUUACAUGUGAUGUUACACGUGUGCACUGUCGCUAUUCUAAAUGGAUUGAUUUUUACCUUGGUGCUACACAUAAGUGGACAAAUUGAUAUAAUAUGUCAUGAGUUCAAAAAUAUUUCCAAAAACACUAUUCUUCAUGAACCUUUUGUACCUUCAUUUGGAAUGUUAAUCGAGAGGCAUAACAGAAUAAUUUCAUUUUCUAAGAACAUCGAAGAACUCUUCUCCUUCAUUGCAUUGAUGCAAGUUGUUUGGAAUACGUUAGUCAUUUGCAGUAUAGGAUUUGUCUUCAUAGUGUCUAUCCAUAAUGAAGCUGGUGUCUUUGUAUUAGUGAAAACCGUUUUUGCUUAUUGCGUCAUAAUGAUUGAAGCCUUUGUUAUUUGCUUUGCUGGAGAACAUCUUAGCCUCAAGGGCAAUUUAAUUGCAAAUGCAACAUAUGAAACACUGUGGUAUGAAAUGCCAGUAAAUACAGAAAAGAUUGUAAUGUUUAUAAUAAUGAGGUCUCAGAAACGACUGACGAUCACGGCAGGGAAAAUGAUAGAUAUGUCAUUUGAUACUUUUACACAUAUCAUGAAGGCAUCAGCAUCUUAUAUAUCUGUUUUAAAUGCUAUAUAUUGA